UAGCAAUCUCUUGUAAUGGAUUUGAAGUUUUAAAAUAUGAAUUUACAAAAAUUGACACAUUAAUUAUGAACUAUGAUGAUGAUGAGAAGUUUAGCAGCUUUGAAGAAAUUUGUAAAGAUGCACAUGAACUUUCGAUGACUGCCGUCACUGUAACAUUCUCCAGCGUAACCGAUACUUUUGUGCCUGAUCUGGAUAGAUGCAUGGGGCUUGAAAGCUUUAAUAUGAUUUGUGAUGAUCGAACUAAAGCAAUAAAUUUAACAUUCAUUAAUGUUCUGAGAAACCUUACAUCAUUGUGGAUUGAUUGGAAAGUUACUCCAGAGAGUAUUAAUAGGGACAGGGCAUUGGCACUGUGUGAAAAUCAGAGUGAUCUUAUCACAAAACUCAAAACAGUAAAUCUUUUUACAAACAAUUUCAUAAGAAUUGGCCCCAGACAUUUUAGCUGCCUACAAGAACUUGAGGAACUGUACUGGACUGACAGUGAGAUUGAACAUAUUGAAGAUUUUACAUUUAACAGUACAAGUUUGCUUAAAACUUUGGACCUCAGUCGUAAUAAAAUAUCUCAUCUAACAAACUAUACCUUCUUCGGUUUACCUAACCUAAAAACUCUCCUCCUUGAAGAAAAUAAACUGCUUAUGAUUGAGACGUGGACUUUACUUCCUUUAACAUCUGUAGAGUUUGUAAAUUUGGGAGUCUUUCAGUAUUCCUCCUCUGAACCGUCAAAGAUCCAGAUCAACCUCAGCCUUCCUGAAAACUUGACUAAGUUGUCCAUCAGCUCUGGAAUACGACCAAUGACUCUUAUUUUAAGUAAGAGCAAGAAAUCCCAGGUGGGGCUCAGCCUCAAUUCUGGUCUUGAUGUGAUUUUUCACAACUUGUCCAAUCUAGAGUAUCUCUUUAUGUCCUUUUGCUUUGUACCUUUAUUUGAGAAAGACUUGAGCAGAGACCUAAAGUCACUAAAAGUGAUGUUUUUGCAAGCAGGUGGUGUGUUUAGUGUCAUGGAAAACUUUGUAGAGCCCCUGAAAAACCUUCGCUAUCUUAUCCUGAAAGACACACAUCUACAUUGUAGCUGUGACAAUGCUUGGAUUACCAACUGGGCAAAGUAUGAAAAGAACGUUCAAGUCAGUUUUCGUGAUAGCACAUUGGAAAGGUUACCAUGUAAAACUGCGGAUAAUUCCACAUUUCUGCAAAAAUUUGCUCAAGAAAACUGUUCUUUUAAUGUGGACUUUUUCCUUUUUGUCUCCACUUCUCUGGGACUGGUGUUCUUCAUGCUGGUAGUGCUGCUCCAUCAGCUGUUCGGAGAUUACCUGCUGGCUUUCUUCCACAUAGCUCGGGCCUGGGUAGAGGAAGCCAUGAGGGGAAACAGAAAAGGACAUUACCACUUUGAUGUUUUCGUGUCUUACUCUGGGAAGGAUGAGUGCUGGGUGAUGGAUGAACUUCUGCCCAACCUGGAGAAACGUGGACCCCCAUCCCUCAAGCUUUGCCUGCACAGCAGGGACUUUGAGUUAGGAAAGGACAUUGUGGAGAACAUCACAGACAGUCUCUACAGAAGCAGACACACGCUCUGCCUGGUUAGCCGCAACUACCUGCGGAGUACCUGGUGCUCUCUGGAGAUGCGUCUGGCAACAUACAGGCUGCUGGCUGAACACAGGGAUGUUCUUGUUCUGGUCUUCCUGGAGAAGGUUUCUCAUCAACUCUUAAAUGUACAUCAUAGACUGUCCCGGCUGGUGAAGACCCGGACCUACAUGGACUGGCCACAUGACCCGGCACUGCAUAAUGCAUUCUGGGAUAGACUGUGGAGAAAACUCGCACCCGAAUCUGCAACCUAAAUUAAAAAUGUGUUAAUGUUUUAGCGUAAGACAUGUCUUUUCCCAGUUAAGUAAUUUCGCUGAGGAAAUUCUGGUACUUUGCCAUGAGGUUUUAAAAGAAAG